AGACAGAGGUGGUCGGACUGGCAAAAAGGGGCAGUGGGGCAAGAUGGCGGCGCACCUGUCCUACGGGCGAGUAAACCUGAAUGUCCUGCGCGAGGCGGUGCGUCGUGAGCUGCGCGAAUUCCUGGACAAGUGUGCGGGAAGCAAGGCAAUAGUUUGGGAUGAAUACCUAACAGGACCAUUUGGGUUGAUUGCACAGUACUCACUUCUGAAGGAACAUGAAGUGGAAAAAAUGUUCACACUGAAAGGAAACCGUUUGCCGGCAGCUGAUGUCAAGAACAUUAUUUUUUUUGUCAGACCCAGGCUAGAAUUGAUGGAUAUAAUUGCAGAAAACGUGCUCAGCGAAGACAGACGUGGCCCAGCGAGAGAUUUCCACAUUUUGUUUGUGCCACGCCGCAGCUUACUGUGUGAACAGCGGCUGAAGGAUCUGGGUGUUUUGGGAUCCUUUAUUCACAGGGAGGAGUACAGCCUCGAUCUCAUUCCCUUUGAUGGGGAUCUCUUGUCCAUGGAAUCAGAGAGUGCGUUCAAAGAGUGCUACCUGGAAAGUGACCAGACGAGCCUCUACCACGCAGCAAAGGGGCUGAUGACCCUGCAGGCUCUGUAUGGGACCAUCCCCCAGAUCUUCGGGAAAGGGGAGUGUGCACGGCAAGUGGCCAAUAUGAUGAUCAGGAUGAAGAGAGAGUUCACAGGAAGCCAAAAUUCAGUAUUUCCUGUGUUUGAUAAUCUCUUGUUGCUCGAUCGAAACGUGGACUUGUUAACACCUCUAGCCACUCAGCUUACGUACGAAGGGCUCAUUGAUGAAAUUUACGGAAUUCAAAACAGUUACGUGAAAUUACCUCCAGAGAAAUUUGCACCCAAGAAGCAGGGCGACAGCGGUAAGGAUCUUCCCACUGAAGCCAAGAAGCUCCAGCUGAAUUCUGCAGAGGAACUCUACGCCGAGAUCCGGGAUAAAAACUUCAACGCGGUGGGCUCCGUGCUGAGCAAGAAAGCAAAGGUCAUCUCGGCGGCCUUUGAGGAGAGGCACAACGCGAAAACAGUCGGCGAGAUUAAGCAGUUCGUUUCCCAGCUUCCCCACAUGCAGGCGGCAAGAGGCUCCCUCGCAAACCACACCUCCAUCGCAGAGUUAAUCAAAGAUGUGACCACCUCCGAAGACUUCUUUGAUAAGUUAACUGUGGAGCAAGAGUUUAUGUCUGGAAUAGACACUGAUAAGGUCAACAGUUACGUUGAGGAUUGUAUUGCCCAAAAGCAUCCCUUGAUCAAGGUGUUAAGACUCAUUUGCCUCCAGUCCGUGUGUAACAGUGGACUCAAACAAAAAGUUUUGGACUAUUACAGAAGAGAAAUUCUCCAGACCUACGGCUAUGAACACAUACUGACCUUGUACAGCCUAGAGAAGGCUGGACUGCUGAGACCACAGGCAGGGGGCAGAAACAACUACCCCACCAUUCGGAAAACGUUACGGCUCUGGAUGGACGAUGUUAACGAACAAAAUCCCACGGACAUAUCAUAUGUGUACAGUGGCUACGCCCCUCUCAGCGUGCGGCUAGCCCAGCUGCUCUCCCGGCCCGGCUGGCGGAGCAUCGAGGAGGUACUCCGCAUUCUCCCAGGACCCCACUUUGAGGAGCGGCAGCCAUUGCCCACUGGACUGCAGAAGAAACGUCAACCAGGAGAAAACCGAGUCACUCUGAUCUUUUUCCUCGGGGGCGUGACCUAUGCAGAGAUCGCCGCUCUGCGGUUUCUCUCCCAGCUGGAAGAUGGAGGGACUGAGUAUGUAAUCGCCACCACGAAGCUCAUGAAUGGAACCAGUUGGAUAGAGUCGCUAAUGGAAAAGCCCGUCUAGAGUGUUCAGAGCAGACUUAACAAGUGAGCUGCAGAGUAAGCCUCUUCGAAGAAGUUGCUGAAAGCAAGUGAAGCAAGCCUCAUGGAGAAUAAUGGAAGAAUACAGAGUUUACUUUGGGGUCAGCUUCUUAAAUUAUACUGCUAUUUUCUCCUUUCUGUUUCUCUUUUGUGUUUCUGAUUUCUUGGAGAAAGAAGGGUAGAAGAGACUCAAGUUGGGUAAAAGAAACACUAGUUUUGAAUUUUCUCAGCUCAGGAUCCUCAUUAGAAGUCUCUGGAAAUACAUUAAGGAUAGUGGGGAUGGAUAGUCCAUAUGGCCAUACAAAUUGGGCCAGUUCUUAAAAUAAGCAAGCAAGGACUGAGGAAGUAAAAAUGAAAAUAGGUGUGAAAAGUCUCGCCCCCGAUAGAGUUCUGUAUUUCUAGAAGGUGCAUCGUGCUCACGACAGUGACAAGUGUCCUGGGGGCUAGGGCUAACAUUAUCACUGGGUUGAGAUUCUUUUUCUUCCCUGAAGCGCUGUGGAACUUUGUUUCGUGUCUCCAGUCUCUGUCUUAUCUGAUCUUUAAGGCAAAUUUUAUUUCCUUUUGCUUCUAAUAAAGCAAGAGUCUGGGGGGAGCUAUUUUAAUAAAAACAAAGUUUAUGAUCUG